UCGGCGCGAGGCGGGCGCGGGGCGCGCGCUCGGGGCCCGCUCGGCGGUUCCCAUGGUGAUCGCGCGCGCCCGGCCGGUCCCGGCGCAUCCCUCCGCUCCGCGCGCGCCCGUCCCGCCUGCGCGGGGCCAUGUCCCGCGGGCGGUGCCCACACCUGCUCUGGGACGUGCGGAAGCGGACCCUGGGGCUGGAGGAGCCUGGAUUGCUGCGGAGGCACUACCUCGGGAGAAGAGAAUUUAUCCAAAGAUUAAAACUUGAAGCAACCUUGAAUGUGCAUGAUGGAUGUGUGAAUACAAUUUGCUGGAACGAUACAGGAGAAUAUAUUUUAUCUGGUUCAGAUGACACCAACCUGGUAAUUAGUAAUCCCUACAGCAGAAAGGUUCUCACAACAAUUCGCUCAGGACACAGGGCCAAUAUUUUCAGCGCAAAGUUCUUACCAUGYACCAAUGACAAGCAGAUUGUUUCUUGUUCCGGAGACGGAGUCAUUUUCUACACGAAUGUUGAACAAGAUGCAGAGACCAACAGGCAAUGCCAGUACACCUGCCACUAUGGGACUACCUACGAGAUUAUGACAGUACCAAAUGAUCCGUACACUUUCCUCUCUUGUGGUGAGGACGGCACCGUCAGAUGGUUUGAUACUCGCAUCAAAACAAGCUGCACCAAGGAAGAUUGUAAAGAUGAUAUUUUGAUAAACUGUCGUCGUGCUGCCACUUCUGUUGCUAUUUGUCCCCCCAUCCCCUACUACUUGGCUGUAGGAUGUUCUGACAGCUCCGUGAGGAUCUAUGACAGGAGAAUGCUUGGCACGAGGGCAACAGGGAAUUAUGCUGGCAGGGGCACUGUUGGAAUGGUGGCACGUUUUGUCCCUCCUCAUCUCAACAACAAAUCCUGCAGAGUAACAUCCCUGUGUUACAGUGAAGAUGGCCAAGAGAUCCUUGUGAGCUACUCCUCAGAUUACAUUUACUUGUUUGACCCCAAGGAUGACACAGCACGAGAACUUAAAGUUCCUUCUGCUGAAGAGAGAAGGGAAGAGUUACGUCAGCCUCCCGUUAAACGUCUGCGGCUCAGAGGGGAUUGGUCAGAUACCGGGCCAAGAGCAAGGCCUGAGAGUGAGAGAGAGAGAGAUGGGGAGCAGAGUCCCAAUGUGUCUCUGAUGCAGAGAAUGUCAGACAUGCUGUCAAGGUGGUUUGAAGAAGCCAGUGAAGUUGCACAGAGCAAUCGAGGACGAGGAAGAUCACGGUCCAGAGGUGGGACUAACCGGACAGAUACUCCUGCUACUAAUAACAUGCCACCUAGUAGAGAAUCAGAAACUGCAAUGGAAGUAGAUGGUUCUGAACAGCUUGCAUCAUCUUCCUCUUCUACCAUGUCAGCUCCAGCUCCUUCAACAUCAUCUUCAACAGAAAGUCCCCCUUCAACUUCAUUACUGUCCUCUCCUGAUAAUGAACAAAGGCCUUCUUUGGGGGCCUCGACUCAGCCUGUGCUGCAUCAGUCUGAUUCUCCUUCUUCAGUGGUUAACAAACAGCUUGGAUCCAUGUCACUUGAUGAGCCACAGGAGAGUGAUAGGCCACGAACAGGAACAGGUGAACCAGUUUUGAGUUUGCACUACAGUACAGAAGGAACGACUACAAGCACAAUAAAACUGGCCUUCACUGAUGAGUGGAGCAGCACAAAUUCAAGCUCUAGAGGGAGUGGAAGUCAUUGCAAAACUGAAGGCCAAGAAGAUUCUGUAAAAAUAAAAGCUUUGGAYGAAUCAGGGCCUGAAGGUGAAGAAACAAGGGUUUCUGAUGAAUCUUACAAGGAAGAUGCRAGUGCUGAAGAACUGAAAAAUACAGAUGAAGCUGUAGAGACAACAGAAGCAACAGUAUCAGAUCAACCUGAUCCUGACCAUUGUGGAAUUGAAUCAGAAAAAAGUGUCCCCAGUGCUGAUGCUGACUCUGGGAAUGCAGAGGAAGAAGCCUCCUGUGAAGGGAGUGCAAACCAAGACAUUUGCAGUGAAAGCACUGACCCCACUGCCAACCCGCUCAUGGCGAGCGAUGAUCCUCAGUCCCAGGCAGAAUCCUCAGGGCUUGCAGCUCCAGACGAGUCCACCAGGACCUCAGCUCUCCAGGAAACUGAUGACAGCGAUGAUGAUCCUGUCCUGAUCCCAGGGGCGAGGUAUCGAGGAGGCCCAGGACACAGACGAUCUGCUGUCGCCCGAAUCCAGGAGCUCUUCAGGAGGAGGAAGGAAAGGAAAGAGAUGGAAGAGCUGGAAACACUGAAUAUCAGGCGCCCUUUAAUAAAGAUGGUUUAUAAAGGUCACCGCAACUCCCGGACCAUGAUAAAGGAAGCCAACUUUUGGGGAUCCAACUUUGUCAUGAGUGGCUCAGACUGCGGCCAUAUUUUCAUCUGGGACCGCCACACUGCUGAGCACCUCAUGCUGCUGGAGGCUGACAACCACGUGGUGAACUGUCUGCAGCCUCACCCCUUUGACCCCAUUCUGGCCUCUUCGGGUAUUGAUUAUGAUAUAAAAAUUUGGUCGCCAUUGGAAGAAUCCAAGAUUUUUAACAGAAAACUUGCAGAUGAGGUUAUAACACGGAAUGAAUUAAUGCUGGAAGAGACGAGAAACACCAUCACUGUUCCAGCUUCCUUCAUGCUCCGAAUGUUGGCUUCAUUGAAUCAUAUAAGAGCAGACCGAUUGGAAGGUGACAGAUCAGAAGGAUCUGGCCAGGAGAACGAAAACGAAGAUGAAGAGUAACCAACAGUUGUGUGUGAGCACCUGGAGGUCACUGAAAUUUGUAUAAGACAUUAAUUAUAUUUUUCCUUACAGAGCUUUAGUGCAAUUCUGAGGUAUUGCUUUUGGAUAACCUAACCUUUUGUUUUUUUUGAAUGACUGUGUGCAUGACUUGGGGAGAGUGUGCAAGUUAAAAUAAGCAAAAAUGUUUUUAAAAYGUUUUGCCAUGUAUGAGGGGUGCUAGAAGAUGCCAAGUGCAAUAUUUUCCUUAAACGGCAAAUGUGGGAGCUUGGAUCAAUGUUUUAAAGUAACUUUCAUUAUAGUAAAAACGUUGGUUCAAAUAAAUUUCUAUACCUGCUGUUUGCAUGUUUGUUGCUUUCUAAUUAAAUGAUUUGGUUGUUUA